AUGUCUCACUUCAAGAACCCCGAGUCUUUGAACUCUGCCCAGGGCGAGUUCUCGAGCCAUGUCAAGCCAUCAGAGCCUUUGACCACAAAGGGCCAUGCCCCUGGUGUCAAGGUUGGGAACGACGCCGCCCCUGAAUUCAGCGCCGAGACUUACCCUCCCGGUACUGCUCCUACAGACCGUUCCUUCAAGCCCAACCCUGUCGAUGAGACCUCGACAGAGAACAGCGCGGUGCCCAAAGCUUCAGACACACUCGGUGGAGCCACUUCUGCCGAAGUACACCAAGGUCUUGGGCACCCUGGCUCGGGGCAGACCAGUCAGGAGUUGCAUGGCACUCACAAGAAGGAUCGCUCAGGCCUGACUGGCGUCGGUGCCAACUUGACAGACCCCCAGCACCAGCAACACCACGACCGACCAUAUGAGACCGGCAAGACUGGCAAGGGGAGCUCCGACUAUCCUGCAGCGGAGGAUCAACUCCCCACCUCGGCUGAGCAGGUUGCCAGCGAGCGUCGUUAA